UAUUAUUAACUUUUAAACAACACAUACAAACUACAAAAAAUAACCACAUUUUGAAGCCAUUGUGUGACUAAAUUUGGAGGUGGGAUUUUGUGAUGGAAUUGGCACAUUAGACUAUAGAAAAUAAAUGCUUGUUGUGUAACAGAUAAUAAUAAGUAAAUUAUUUCUGGAUUUUGUGUUGGAAUAAAGAAACCAGAAAUAUGUUGUGUGCUUGUUCUGGUGAGCAAUUUAAGGUAGAAGAGCCGAUUACUCGGUCACCCGAGUCGUUGGCAACGAGGGAUUUCUCGGCUAGUGCUCUUUCGUCUCGAACUGGCACUGGAGACUGGGAUUCAAAGUUUGAAGAUGCUCAAGUUGAUGAGGCUGAAUCCACUCUUAAAGAAGCCCUCUCUUUAAAUUAUGAGGAAGCUAGAGCUCUGUUGGGUAGACUUGAGUACCAGAGGGGCAAUUUUGAUGCUGCCCUUCAAGUUUUUUACGGGAUCGAUAUUAAAAGUUUGUCACCGAGGAUGAUCAAGGCCAUUAGUGACAGGACUGUACAACGGAAUUCAAAAGCUAAAAGGGAAAAUAUCUUGGUAGGUGUGAUGUCGCUUCAUUCGGUUAGCCUGCUUCUUGAAGCAAUCUUACUUAAAGCAAAGUCACUGCAAGAGAUGGGUAGAUUUAAAGAAGCUGCAAAGGAGUGCAAGAUGAUUUUGGACGUAGUUGAAUCGGCAUUACCGAAUGGAAUCCCUGAAUCAAUAGCGGAAGACUGUAAAUUGCAGGAAAUGUUUCAUAAAGCGUUAGAAUUGCUGCCUAAGUUGUGGAUAGAAGCUGGGAAUUUAAAUGAAGCUAUUAUUGCAUAUAGAAGGGCUCUAGUUAAGCCUUGGAAUUUAGAACCACAAAGAUUAUCGACCUUACAAAAGGACUUAGCCGCUAUAUUACUCUAUGGAGGCGUUGAAGCAACUCUCCCUGAAACCAAACCAUGGGAGCCGUCUUAUCCUAAAACCAACAUAGAAGAAGCACUUCUUUUGCUGUUUAUACUCAUGAGAAAGGUAUCGUGUGGAGAAAUAAAAUGGGAUCCUGAAAUUAUAAGCCAUUUGACUUUCGCACUGUCUACAUGUGGCCAAUUCGAGUGUUUGGCUAUACAUGUCGAGCAGCUUCUUCCCAGUGCAUAUAAACGAACUGAGAGGUGGUAUUUUCUCGCUCUCUGUUACAGUGCUGCUGGUCAAGUUGAACCAGCAUUGAACAUGUUAAAGAAAAUUUCAGGGUCUUCUGAAGCAGAGCACGAACCUCAUAUUCCUUCUCUACUUUUGGGCGCUAAGUUAUGUUCUCUUGAUUCUAAUCAUGCUCAUGAAGGGAUAAAUUUUGCCUGUAAAGUAAUUGAAUUGAGUGAUCAUGCAAAUGGACAUUUCCAAAGCAUUGCUCUUAAGUUUCUUGGAGUUAAUUAUGGGAAUGCAGCAAGGGUUUCUUUAUCGGAUUCUGAAAGAGUAUUUUACCAUGAAGAAGCUACCAACUCUCUUAAUAAAUCUGCUUCAGUUGGACCUAAUGACGAUCCUGAAGUUAUGUUUUAUCUGGGGCUAGAAAAUGCUUUGCAAAGAAAUUUGGGGGUAGCAUUUAGUAAGAUUAUGUUAUAUUCUGAUAUGCUUUCUGGGAGCUCAGCCAAGGGUUUUAAAUUAUUAGCUCUAAUAGUAUCUGCUGAGCAACGAUUUGAAGACGCCGAGACCAUAGUAGACAUUGCUUUGGAUGAAACGGGAAAGCUUGACCAAUUGGAACUCCUUAGGUUAAAAGCAGUGCUUCAGAUUGCUCAAGAGCGGCCCAAACAUGCGAUAGAAACCUACAGGAUUUUACUAGCUCUAAUUCAGGCACAUGGCGGGCAUCAGAAAGAGACCUUAAAUUCUGCUCAGGAAAAAGAGAGAAAAUUGGAAAUGGAAGCUUGGCUUGAUUUAGCCAAUGUAUACACCAAGCUUGGAUCUUUAUCUGAUGUUGAAAUUUGUGUUGAUAAAGCCAAGUUGAAGGAAUUCUACUAUCCUCGAGUUUGGCAUUCGACAGGGUUGUUAUGUGAAUCUCAAUCAUUACACCAAGAAGCACUCGUUGCCUUCUCGAUUUCACUUUCAAUAGAACCAGAUUAUGUCCCAAGUAUCAUUUCAACAGCAGAAACAUUAAUGAAAUUGGGUGGUGCUGAAACACUUCCAGUUGCAAAAAGCUUCUUGAUGAACACAUUGCGGUUAGAACCUACAAACCAUGAUGCUUGGUUUAACCUGGGUUUGAUCUGCAAGAAGGAAGGUUUGAUGCAGCAAGCUGCUGAUUGUUUCCAAGCUGCACAUGAGCUAAAGUCUUCAGCUCCAGUUCAGAGCUUUGUGUAGUAUAACUAGAUUUUUGCAGAUUAGAAUCUAAUAAACUGUUGUUAGUUAGAGUAAUGAGUCUUGUGAAUACACAACAGUUUGUAUAUCCAUGUAUGUGGUGAGAACUGUUAUUUGGUUUAAGAUAAUCAACGGGCAACUCGAUUUUGGGUAA